UGUUUGCUGGUGUCACUAAAUUCUAACAGUUUUCUUUUAAUAUGCCGGAGACGGAAACAAACCAUAUACUGACUCUAAUUGGUUUCGGACGUAUUCAGUUUCUGAUGGUGUUUGCCUGCGGCAUGAGUGGCCUUUAUACAACCAAUGAAGUCAUGGGCAUCAGUUCAAUGCUCGUUUCCAUAGGCUGUGAUUUCUCAAUGACUAAGAAUGAUCUCUCCCUGAUGGCAAGUGCUGCGUUUCUUGGAUUAGUUGUGUCGUCGCACUAUUGGGGCUAUCAGGCAGAUAGUACUGGAAGGCGUAAGAUAAUGCUAUAUUCAUUAUCCUUGACCAUGACGUCAUCAAUUAUUUCACUAUCAAUGCCAAAUUUCUAUAUGAUGCUGAUCUGGAGAUUCAUCACAGGUUUAUUCGUCUCUGGUGUCUCAGUCACUUUUAUCACUUACUUGAUGGAGUUUACUCCAAUCAAGAAUCGCCCCCGCAUGGUUAACGUUAUGACUUAUUCCUAUGCAUUGGGAGGCAUUUAUGUGCCACUUUUGGCUCACGCUCUCGAACCGCUGAAUCAGACACUUUUUAGUGUGCAAAGCUUUGAUAUGUUAAGGUACCGGUUCAAUAUGAUGCUGAACACCAUACCUGGAAUAUGUGCACUUAUCUCCAUGUGCAUACUGCCCCCGUCACCGCAAUUUAUGCUACUUAAGGGGGAGACUGAUCUCGCAUAUCAGAUACUAAAUCGUCUCUGUGUUAGCAACCGCGGACAGGAUUUGCAAAGCCUUGGUGUGGACAGGUUAAAUCCCAUACGUCCGACCAUCAGUAUGGCGGGAAUGCAAGAAUAUAAUUUCUUUCAGCGUCUGGUGCAUGAUACGGUGCCAUUAUUUAAUAAUCCAUAUUUAAAGCCCUUUUUACAUGUCACAGUCAUUCUAUGCUGCUUCUUCUUUGUCGGUACUAGCUUAACUCUAUGGUUUAUGGAAAUGCGCCAACGCUUUCCAGCCUCUGAUCUGAUAUUGUGCGAUAUGAUUCAUAGUCGUACAUUCACCAAUGCCUCGGAUGAGGACUCGCUUUGCUCGACCAAGCCACUAGACUACCUCGGGGGCGUUGGCUUGGGGUGCUCUGUUCUAAUCAUUUGCUUUGCAAUUACUAUUAUGCUGUUUUUUCUGCCUCGCUCCUUAGUUCUGCUUUGCAAUGCAACAAUCUCAGUAAUUUGUGGUCUGAUGUUGAAUAUACUGACGAGCAAGACGGCCAUAUUCAUUGCCAUAGUGACCUUCAUAGCGAUGUGUACCUGUAGCAUUCCGUUGGCAUCGUCCGUUAUGGUUGAUGUGGUGCCCACGGGCAUGAGAGGUAAGGCCGUCAGUUUGAGCUAUAUGUUCGGUCGCAUUGGUGUUAUUAUAUCCACCAAUAUAAUUGGCAAUUUGAUGAGCUCUCAUUGCCAUAUUCUCUUAAAUGGCUAUGUUCUUAUUACAACUGUGUCCGCGAUUUUGUCAUUACUAUUGCCAUAUUUGGUUUAUAAAUACGAUUGAAAAUUAUUUGACUACUUAUGGUUAUGAGGCGUAUACGUGAUAUGCAUAAUUAUUGGGCUGUGCUGCUUCAUUAAAACUUCAAUGAUCCAUUAGCGACUGGCACAAGUAGUCCAUAAAUCAUUCAAUCAAUUGAGUGGGCAGCACGAGCUGAGCUUGCGUUUGUUAUGGGCAAAAAGGAUUAUGGUAAAAGUUCAAAUAUUUUUGUUGUGGCCCUUAUCGCUAAAAAUAAAAUAAAU